AGAAAAGACAGCGUAGUAACCCAUAGUACAGUGUAUAUCGGCUCGAUGAUUACAGAUGUAAGAUGGGAUUCAUACAAUACGUAACCCAGAUGUUCCUCCUGGUGAUAAUCUUCAGUCUUCUCGGCCAUUCUUCUGGUCAACUGGAAAUACUCAAAAAUGAUUCCCCUAUAAAGGCACUGGUGGGUGAUGAGAUAACCGUCCCUUGUCACUUCACUGGCUACAAGGCUUCAUCUUUGACUACUUCUAAUGUUGCGGUUCGCUGGACUAUAGGAACAGUAAAUAAACUUGUCCUUUUCUUUGAUGGUGAAAAUUAUACCCAUAACAGAUCUGGGUCAUAUAUAUCAGAAACAAAUCUUGUACGGGGAGAUGCCAGUCUGUAUAUACCCAACCUUCAGUUCAGUGAUGAAGGAGAAUACACCUGUUCUGUAAUCGUCACUCCUGAAGAAGCCAUUAGUAAAGUCACAGUGCAGGUGUCAGCUAUGCCAUCUUGUAGGCUGAGUGACUCCACACUAGUAAUGGAUCCUGACACGGAGAGAUCUGUCACUUGUUAUGUGAAUGGCUUCUAUCCAGAAAGUGUGAAAAUACAAUGGCUGAAGUACAGUAAAGCUUCCUCCAAACAAUCUGAACUGAAUAGCCAGACCUGCACCAGUGUGCCCGUCCAGAACCACGAUGGGACCUACAAUGUGACCAGUGUCCUGUCUACGAGACCUGUGAGCACAGAUAUGGACGGAGACGUGUAUUCCUGUGUAGUCUCCCACAGGUCGCUGACAGAUCGUCUGACAUCUAUUGUUACUCUCUCAGUGAACUGUAUUAAAUGUAAAAAAAGACCAUGGGUUUAUGUUGGGGCUUUUAUUAUACAACUGGUACUGGCAGGAGUAAUAUUAUACUAUUGUAAAAAAGUGAAACUAAAUGUAACGGAGAUUUAUACAACAGACCUGAUUCAUGAGAAGAAGUGCUCUCUGAGAUGUAAUAUAUCAGGCUUCAGACCACGCAAUCUUACUAUUAACUUAUACUUUAAGAAGGACAAAGAAACUCAGAAGAAAGUAGAUUCCUGGAGCUCCAUAAAGCCCAGAAAGAGGUCACCAGAGAACGAUACUGAGCAGGGUACACUUUUACAUGAACCCAGACACCUGGCCCUGGCCCCUCUUAUGAAACCAUGUAAACGCUCCCUUUUCAACUGUGACUGUUCCAUAGAUAUAACUCCCAUGUUCCACAUACAUAAUGGGGCACUGCUCACUCUGGAGGUUCACCAUGCUGCACUGACAACACCCAUUUACAGACAUCUACAACUAAAGGUGAAAGGUAAACCCAAAAUGGAUAAAAUUGAGGCCAACCAAGAAUUCUACAAAUCUGGGGACCUGUUGCAGCUAAAAUCUAAAAUUCACUCUUUUUAUCCAGAAAGUAUAAAUGUGAAAUGGUACAAAGACAUGGAAGAAAUUACAUCGCAGGUUACUGCAGCUGAAAAAGACGACAAAGGGCUGUUUUCUGUCGUAAGUUCUAUGCAAUGCACUGUUACAGAGGAAGACUUUGAGAAACCAUUCAGGUGUAGGGUGAUGCACGAGACGACCUCCAAGUCUGUUACAUGGAGACUAGAGAAACGAGCUCCACCCAUAAUGGAUGCAAUCCAAGCCAACCAAGAAGCAUACAGCGCUGGAGAAACAUUGGAGCUGGAGUGCAAAAUUCACUCAUUUUAUCCACAGAACAUACAAGUGACAUGGCAGAAAGGAGAAGAAGAGAUCCCAUCACAAACGCGCGAACCUGAAGAUGAGAGUGAACCCUAUUAUGUUCUCGGUCAUAUAAGUUACACUGUUGAAGAGGAAGAUUUCGGGAAAAUAUUUACCUGUCAAAUUAAACACCCGUAUAAGAAAGAUAGUGUCCAGUGGAGACUGGAAAAGAAAACAGGAAAUUGAAGCAACAUUAAGUCCAUGUGGGAUCAGCACUGAAUAAUUUCUGGAAUUCAUCUUCUCUUUACAAUGAUGAGGAUAACUGAAGGGUGACUACUAAUACUGGCAGAAAAUGAUGAAAUUAUGGAGACCACUCUGUCGGCCAGUCCACUAGUCAAACGUAAUCUGAUGGUGACCGUUUUAAGGGGAAUCUGUCCCCAAUUUUAAACAGUAAUCUCUGCUUAGUACUACAGAUAAUGAGUCCAGAUCACUAUUUUUAUUUUAUACAAUAGUGAUCUGAACUCUAUAUCUGCAGUACUACUUAUAUAUGACUGUAGAUAAUGGUCCAAAAUUGGGAUGACCGAUUCCCUUUAAACUCAAUACAAAACCUGGUGUUGACUAGUCCACUACCCAGCAACAGUUCCCAAAUAAGACAGCUCGCGACCUUUUCAAUGUCUGCACAGGAAAGGAGCCAUCCCCAAAUGAUGCAUACAAAAUAAUCCCAGCAGACGAACUCGCUCUUCAGAAUUCUUCUGAAAAGCAAGUUCGUCUGCUGGGAUUAUUUUGUAGUCCACUAUCCAGGCACAACCUUGUGCCAAGGUCUCCACCACCCAGACUUGGGGUCCAUUCACACGUCCGUAAGUGUUUUGCGGAUCCGCAAAACACAGACACCGGCAAUGUGCAUUCCGCAAUUUGCGGACCGCACAUCGCCGGCACUAUAAUAGAAAAUGCCUAAUCUUGUCCGCAAUUGCAGACAAAAAUAGGACAUGUUUUAUUUUUUUGCGGAAGUAAGGAUCCGAAAAUGCGGAGGCGGACAGCAUUUUCUAGCCCCAUUGAAAAUUAAUGGGUCUGCACCGUUCCGCAAAAUUGCGGAACGGAUGCGGACCCAUUUUGCGAACGUGUGAAUGGACCCUUAACAGAUGCUGACCAGUCCCCUAUCCAGAUAUGAGCAGUUGCUGACCAGUCCACUAUCAGACAUAGCUAGUUGCCAAUCAGUCAACUAUCCAGAUACAAAGAUUUGCUGAAUAGUCCUUUCUCCAGACUCAACUAGUGGCUAACUGGUCCACUCUCCAGACUCAACUAGUGGCUGACCAGUUCACUAUACAUACACAACCAGUUGACCAGUCCAAUGUCCAGGCUCAAAACAAACACUUGGAUGAUUAUCCCCCAUGUACAAUGAUGGCGUUUAAAAUUAAGGGAAGGAGACCCCAUCUAAGGCCAUGUCUACACACCACUGGUGCCACUUCACAACAUCAAGCCCAAUGAUUGUGAACAGGGACACAUUGCGACAUCCGACCUCCCACAAUCACUAUUCCAUUUUUGGGGGUCAUAUGUUGCAUGUGACUUUUCCAUCAAAGACCACAAAACAAGUUGUAAGUGACUGCAACGUGCUUGCAACCUUUUUGCAAUUUGGAUGUUUUUUUAUAGCCAAACAGUAGGUCUAAAAUAGCUGCGCGACUGCAGGUUGUGGACUAGUCUUACAAAUGUUUCUGGUCACGCAACUUUACAACAUGUUGCUCUAUUGUCCAAGCCUUAUUCUUGGAGCUAUAGUGAUAUGAUACAUUUUACAACGUGCACAUUUCUAUCAGUAUGUACAGGGGGACUACAGGAUGUAUUUUGGGGGGCAAAAAACACAGGGAUAGAUUUACUAAUCUAAUGUCUAAAAUGUAGAGAGUGUAAACUUUAGAGAGAGAGUCUAAAGGUCCACCAGAUGUACCACAGUGGCUGAUGCUGGGUGACAGAUCUGGUGCACCUUUACACUGUCCAGUCAGACUUUAUGCCACCCAUUAGUUGUCUUAUUCAAACGUCAGUGAUUUCCAUCAGUGAUUGUGAGCCAAAACCAGGAUUAGAGCCUCCACAGAGAUGAGGCAUAAGAGGAAGAUCUGUACCUGUUCUGUGUUUAAACAGGACCUUUCAUAGUUU